AGCCUUUUUGGAGUUUUACAUCUGGCCUCUUCAUCUUGACCUCAAGAUGUACAUCUCCAGGCUGGCCACCAUUACUUCCUACGUGUCUUUAAGUACCGCAACAACUGUUACAUAUAGUGGAUUCUACGAUGAUGAUACCGCCUCCGUCACCGAGCUAGCAUGCUGGAAAGGCGGCCGGAUCGUCGAAGGUCAAGACUGGGCGAAGCUAGGUGAAGUCACGUAUCAAAUAGCUGGCUACGAAGGCGUCGAUGGUCCAAACUCUUCAUUAUGCGGCUCCUGCUGGUCCCUGAGCUAUGGAGCUAUCAGUCGAUCUGUUCUUGUUCUUAAUAGCGCUCAAGCUGGGUCUGGAUUUGAGACUUCGCUCACGGUGAUGGACUCACUUACGGGUGGCAAGGCUGAGCAGCUUGGUCGUGUGAAUGUUACUGCGUACCAGACGGAGCUAUUGGAUUGUGGGGUUGCAAGUGAGCCUACAGAGGAGGAGCGCAAAAUGGUUGUCGGAGGGAAUUGGUACUCGAACUGGUUUUAUGACAAUUUUACCUGA